UUUCUCUGGUAGUACAACUAUAUAGUAGUCAUUAUACAAAAACCUUUUUCAUUUAAUAUAAUCAUAAUUAAUAUUGUGCUAAAUUAUCAUAUUUUUUUGAUUUUGAGUUGAAUUCUUAGUUCUUUAAAUUUGUUGGUGUAUUCAUUAAGUACCUACUUUUUAAAGUGCAUAUUCGUUUUGUGGAUAGAUAGGAUAGAUACGCAUAAUUAUAAGUAUACCAAGACCAAAAAAUUUUUCAAAAAUCAGUAAAAUUAUAGAAUAAAUUAACAAUUUCAAUGAAUCGUUCAGGAAAUAGCUUUACCGAGAAUCAGUCAAGUAAUUUAGCUGUAAAUGAAUGCGUUAGAUACAUACUUUGUCAAGAAGGCAGUAAAAUACCUAUUAAACACUGCGACAUAAGAAAACAUUUAGAAGACAAUUUUGGUGCACCUCGUAAUCUUAUAAAGAAUAUUAUAACCAAUGCUAAUAACAUAUUGAAAAAUGUCUACGGUUAUAAACUUGUACAGGUAGAUGCAAAACAAUCACAAUACAUAGUGGUGCUUAAUAAACCUUGUACCAAGUCUAUGUUAUCGACUUACAAUAAUCCACAACACAGAAAACUCUUAAUUGCAGCUUUAACUCACAUAUAUAUGACGGGAGCACCAGUUAAAGAAGAUGACAUGUGGAAAUUUCUCACUGAAGCACAAUUGAUGAAAGAGUUUGAUGUUGAGAAGAAGAAGCUUUUAAUCAAAACAUUCACCAGACAGAUGUAUUUAAAAUACAUAAAAGGUAGAAAUGAUACUUUCUUUUUUGAGUGGGGACAACGAGCAGAAGAAGAAAUACCUAAAAUAUUUCUGCUAAGUAAAAUGUCAGAGGCAUUCAACGUAGGACCUGAUUAUUGGGCAGAACAGUACAUUCAAGCAACGAGUAAUGAAAAUAAUGGGAAUGAUGAGGAUGAUGAAUAAAUAAAUUUUCGUCAAUAUG